AUGCCGCUGAAAUUGGCGCAUCACAAAUCAUAUCAUCCGUACAACGCAGCCAACAUCGAGCGAGUCCGACAGGAUGAAGAGCAGGCACGACUAUCUGAGCAGCUCGAGACGCAGGUGGGCCGGAGCGAAGAAUCUAAACGCAAACUGGAUAUUCUGAGGGGGAGAAGCAAGAAGGGCGAGAAGGGCGAGAAGAGUGAGCAGCAGCAACACCCAAACUUCUGGCAGCACCUCGAGCAGCCCCCUCAGUCUUCCAAACAGAGCAACGAAGCCACCGCUGCUAUUAACACGGAUAUGCAAAUGGUGCAUCCCACUCCACGCUGGUACGACGUAGAUACUUCUGGAGAUCCCUCCCAAGCUGCAGACGCUGCAGACGCAGAAGAUGCGGCUGAUAAGAGUGGCAGCGGCAGUAACAGCUUGAAAAGUAGAAUGAAACGGCAACGCGAAGACCCUAUGCACGACACUCUCAUCAAGGAUCGCGACGACCCCCUCAACGAUAUCCUUCAAGCGACUGCUGAGCUAGACAGCGCAAAACGGAAUAAAGAAAGUACACGGAGUAGGCGCGAUAAACACAGUAAGCACAGGAAGCGCGAUAGUAGUUCAUUGCACAAGAGUAAAGAGCGAGAACAAUCGCAUGCACGAUCGCGGGCGCAUAAAGUGUAG